ACCUUUGAGAAGUAGUUUUUUGCAAAAAAAAAGCUAUUUUCCCAUUUUAAUUGAAAUCUAAGAUACUUAACUGUUACCAAGAAAUGAUUUGAUAUUGAUAUAAAAACGUCUGCAUUGGGCAUUUAAUUAAUAUCCAGGCUGGCUUUGUGAGAUUUGUUGCAUGACAGCUUUGCAGGCCGUCGAACGCGGCCGCCAUACGCGCCAGCGCAUUUUCGUGAUGUCAGUUGAGCAGCGACAGGCUCCGGCACAGUGUUAAAAUUACUGAUGGCGCAGGAGGCGGACGAAAUAGAUAUAAUGAUUAAUUAUCACGGGGGUUUCGAAAAAAUAGACCGGAAAAACAGCCGUUAUCCUUAUUGCGUCGUUUGGACUCCUAUUCCAAUACUGUCGUGGUUGCUCCCCUUCAUUGGUCACAUGGGGAUAUGUACUUCUGCAGGCGUGAUAAGAGACUUCGCUGGAUCGUACUUAGUGUCUGAAGAUAAUAUGGCCUUUGGAAGACCAACAAAGUACUGGAAGCUUGAUGUUGAUAAGGUGUGUGGCACUGGCUCAGCUGCCUGGGACAAGGCAGUGCAUGACGCAUCGGAGGAGUACAAAUGCAGGCCGCACAACCUCUGCUGUGAUAACUGCCACUCCCACGUGGCCCUGGCCCUUAACCUCAUGCGCUACGACAACAGAACAUCCUGGAACAUGGUCAACCUAUGCCUGCGGUCCCUUAUCCACGGCAAGCAUGUCAGCUGUGUGUCGUUCCUCAAGACCUGGCUGCCCUUCCUUAUGUUGACUGGAGCCCUCGUCACCUUCAUCCUAACGCUCAACCUGCACUGACCACACAAGGGACAUGAAGAGGGAGACGGAGGGGAGAGAUAAUACAAGGGAUUUUCCUGCUCCGUUGUAAUCAUAAAAAGUGAAAGAAGAAGAAUAAAUGUUUCGAUGGGACACUUCUUUGUGCAGUGCUAACAUUCACACUCUCAUGAGGGCAGUUAUGUCCAGCUGUUCUGGCUUGUUUUGAAGUACCUUUUACUAGAUUCAGAAAGGAAUGUCAUAUAAAUGAAUGUUUGGCUUGGGAUAGUCAUAACUAUAUAUAUAUAGAACUGAUAUAGCAUCUGCUAAACUGCUACACUCGCAUUAAAAUCUGCUAACCAUGUGUAUGUGACAAAGAAAAUUUGAUUUGAUUUGAAAUGACGAUAAUUUAAAUGUAAAUAUAUUGUCUAUGGUCAUAAAUUCAAAUUGGUCUCUCUUACUGACUCCUAAACCCCAUUUAACCAGUGUGGGCCACCCGUCACUCUUAAAUGCCCCCAGCUUAUACCCACUCAACAUCAUUUUACUUUGUAAUUGUUUACUAUAUUUUAUCAGACAGUGUUCGUUUUUCAUGCAGUAAGUUCUCUGAAGCAACAUGCUUGGGAAUGUUAAUAUACUCUACAGUUGUCCAUAUGCAUGACCACUCAUUCGAUAGAAUUACAGAAAUGAUGGGCAAUAAGCUAUACCAUAGGCUAGUAAAGUCAAAUCAAAUUGUAUUUGUCAUGCUUCGUAAACAACAGGUGUAGACUAACAGUGAAAUGCUUCCCAUCAAUGCAGAGAGACAGAAAAUAUAGAAAAGUAAUAAUAAAUACAGCGUAACGCUAACCUUGCUAUGGGGUAGCAGCACAGAGUCGACCUGCAGGGGUACGAGGUAAUUGAGGUAGAUAUGUACAUACAACUAGGGAUAAAGUGACUAGGCAAUAGGAUAGAUAAUAAACAGUUGCAACAGCGUAUGUGAUGAGUCAAAAAUGUUAGUGUAAAAAUUGGGUCAAUGCAGAUAGUUUGGGUAGUUAUUUAUUUAACUAAAAUAUUUAACAGUCUUACGGCUUGCUGGUAGAAACUGUUCAGGGUCCUGUUGGUUCCAGACUUGGUACAUCGGCACCGCUUGCCGUAUGGUAGCAGAGAGAACAGUCUAUGACUUGGAUGUCCGGAGUCAUUAACUGCCUGUUAUUGAGGUCCUGGGUGACAGGGAGCUCGGCCCGAGUGAGGGCGGCACGUAGCCUCGAGUUUAGAACGUUGGGUUCGAAUACCGGAACCACAAUACCGGAACCCUGCGGGUGCCUCAGGGGAGUUGGCCACGCAAAAAAACAUUUCCAUUACACACUUGUGUGCAACAGGACAAAUAUAAGCACCGGCGAAAUUAUUAUAUGUACUGGGUCCUGGGCACUACCCUCUGUUUAGUGUUGUUAUUUAUUGGAACAAAUAUAAAUAAAUGUACAUAAUAUG